UCCCAGGCUCUUUUUUUGGCCUCACGCGCAAUACCAGGCCAAAAACCGAUAACUCCGGGCCGUACAACCGUACUACGACUCCCAAACCUUCACUAACUACGACUACGGCUUGGCCAAUGAGAUUGCAGUACGUACGGCUUACCUACGACGUAUCGUUGUAUCGUACCUCACCGUACUACGAUACGUUGGACGCACUGAUAAUAGUAGUUAUGAUCAAUGUUUCGCACGUUUUGUUGGUGUGCACCCUCACUCGAAGUGCAACAUGUCCGUAUGGAUACGGAGGUUGCAAUUGCUGCUGUAACGUUUCUCAAAGAGUAGCAGCUCAUUCUAUCAAGGCUCCACAACAAGCCCGUAAGCACAAUGUAACAGGCGACAUUAAUGGCGAGUGGGGUGCGAUGACGGUUCGAGGUCGAAAUGAACCAAUAGGAGAUGCGUCCAACACCUGCCCCUUCCAUCCUGUUCUUCAGAUCAACUCACAGAUUCCGCUAUCUCACUGCAUUCAACGAUCACAGUUCUUCAGCUACUCCUCAAUUUACAUCGUCGCAACAGCACCGACCUACGUGUACACUCUCGAGUGCAAGAGUAUUGUCUCCGAUCGAGAUGAUGACCAUGAAAGCACAUAAGUCCACGGUAUAUAUGCGACCAAAGAGGCAGCCAAUACAGCAGCUAGGUCAACGGUCAAGAAAGAAUGUGAUGAAGCACAGUUGGAGCAAAAUGGCGAAGACCAUCAGGACUCUACUAUGCUCAAGUACUGGUAAGCGACGAUAAAUACACUGGUACUUAAGAUGUUACUGCAUGACCAGUGUCGGUCGGAGG